UGACGCCUCGCUCUCUAUCUACCAGAGAGCAGAACAGGAAGCGGCGAGGUGGGGCUCGCUCUCUGCCGUUCUCUCUUCCUCCACCUCGCUCACUCGCUCCAGAUUUAGCCCGACUGUUUGAUUCCUGGCGGGAGCGACGUCCCGGCGUUCUGAGCGGGCAGGAGUCGGCCGCCGCGCUGCCUGACCGGCGCUGCUGUCGGUGUGUGAGAGUGUGUGUGAGAGUGUGUGUGAGUGUGAGAGUGUGUGUGGAGGGAGGCCUGGGAGUGAAGCAGUGGGAGGCCAAAGAUGUCCAGCGAGGACGUCCCGGAGGACCUGCCGGGGGAGCAGCCGCUCGACGGCCCGGUGGCGACGGCGGCGGCGGGCGAGCAGGGUGACCCUGAGUCCUGGACCGACCCCGACGGCCUGUCCGUCCUCCAGCAGCUCGGCCUGGACCAGAACUCGGACUUCUCCGACUCGGGCGUGCAGCAGCUGCUGGACGAGCACCGCGAGCGGAUCCGCCGGGAGAUCCGCAAGGAGCUGAAGAUCAAGGAGGGCGCGGAGAACCUGCGCCGGGCCACCACCGACAAGAGGAACGCCCAGCAGGUGGACUCGCAGCUGCGCAGCUCCAAGCGCAAGCUGGAGUUCCUGCAGGCCCAGCUGCAGGAGCUGGACGCCCACAUCGUGGUCAAAGAUUCCACCAAGUCUCCGGGCUCGGUCAGCCAGACGUCGGCCAAUCAGCACCGCAUCGCCGCGCUGGAGCGGCAGCUCAACAUCGAGCUGAAGGUCAAGCAGGGGGCGGAGAACAUGAUCCCCAUUUACGCCAACGGAGGAACCAAGGACAAGAAGCUCCUCCAGACGGCUCAGCAGAUGCUGCAGGACAGCAAGACCAAGAUCGACAUCAUCCGCAUGCAGAUCCGGAAGGCCAUGCAGGCCACGGAGCAGUCCGAGGACCCGCAAAGCAAGCCGGACCUGUGCGGGGUGGAGCUGCGUGUGGAGGAACUGUGGCACCACUACCGGGUGGAGCACGCCAUGGCCGAGGGCGCCAAGAACAUGCUGCGGCUGCUGGGAGCGGGGAAGGUCCAGGACAAGAAGGCCAUGGCCGAGGCUCAGUGCGGCCUCAGCGAGUCGUCCCAGCGCCUGGACCUGCUGCGCUGCGCCCUGGAGCAGCGGCUGCUGGAGCUGCCCGAGGAUCACCCCAAGGCCUGCCUCAUCAAGGAGGAGCUGGUGCUGGCCUCCUCGUCGGCGUUCAGCUCCCGCCACAGCACGCCGUACGUGCACAACCAGUACAGCACGCUGAGCAAGCCGUCGCCGCUGACGGGCACGCUGCAGGUCCGCCUGCUGGGCUGCGUGGGCCUGCUGGAGGCGGUCCCGGGGCGCAGCAGGGCCACGCCGGUGGUUCUGCCCUCCUUCUCUCCGGGCGGAGACGGACGCUCGUCGUUCAAGCUGAGCGGCCUGUACAGCCGCAGCACCAGCAGCAUGAGCCUCAAGAUCCCCAGCAAGACGGAGGAGCUGUCCUCGGAGGUGAGCGCCGUGCUGAAGCUGGAGAACACCGUGGUGGGCCAGACCGGCUGGAGGACGGUCGGGGAUCAGGCCUGGGACCAGACCUUCACCGUGGAGCUGGAGAGGUCCAGGGAGAUGGAGAUCGCCGUGCACUGGAGGGACUACCGCUCGCUCUGCGCCCUCAAGUACCUGAAGCUGGAGGAAUUCCUGGACAACCAGAGACACCGAGUCCAGCUGGAGCUGGAGCCGCAGGGGCUGCUGCUGGCCGAGGUGACCUUCUUCAAUCCGGUGAUCGAGAGAGGCCGAAGACUUCAGAGGCAGAAGAAAGUCUUUUCUAAACAACACGGUAAGGCCUUCCUGCGAGCGCGUCAGAUGAACGUGGACAUCGCCACCUGGGUCCGCCUGCUGAGGAACGCCAUCCCCACGGGAAGCAACACGCCGGCCUACACGCCCAGCUUCUCCGGCAACACACUCACUCACAACACGGGUGAGAUCUCGGUGGAGAAGCUGAACCUGGACGGCGACUCUGCCGUCAAAGCCGAGGUCCGGAGAGACGUGGUGGACGCUCCGGCCGCCUCGGAGCCGCCGGCGGCCGUCGAACCCUCGUCCACGCCGGACGUCCCCGCCCACGAGCAGCCCCCCAGGUCCACGUCCACCAGCUCUUUACGCAGGCCCAGCAGCGGCCCGCUCUGCCUGCUGGACUUCAAGCUCAUCGCCGUUCUGGGCCGCGGACACUUCGGGAAGGUGUUGCUGUCAGAGUACAAGCGGACGGGCAGCCUGUACGCCAUCAAGGCCCUGAAGAAAGGCGACAUCGUGGCUCGAGACGAAGUGGAGAGCCUCAUGUGUGAGAAGCGGAUCUUCGAGACGGUCAACGGCUCCCACCACCCCUUCCUGGUCAACCUGUUCGCGUGUUUCCAGACGCCGGAGCACGUGUGCUUCGUCAUGGAGUACACGGCGGGCGGCGACCUCAUGAUGCACAUCCACGCCGACGUCUUCUCCGAGCCGCGGGCCGUGUUCUACUCGGCCUGCGUGGUUCUCGGCCUGCAGUUCCUCCACGACCAUAAGAUCGUGUACAGAGAUCUCAAGUUGGACAACUUACUGCUGGACAUGGACGGAUUUGUGAAGAUCGCAGAUUUUGGCCUCUGCAAAGAAGGUAUGGGUUAUGGAGACAGGACCAGCACUUUCUGUGGGACUCCAGAGUUUUUGGCGCCGGAGGUUCUGACGGACACGUCGUACACCCGAGCGGUGGACUGGUGGGGCCUGGGCGUGCUGAUCUACGAGAUGCUGGUGGGAGAGUCUCCUUUCCCGGGUGACGAUGAGGAGGAGGUCUUCGACAGCAUUGUGAAUGACGAAGUGCGUUACCCUCGCUUCCUGUCCACCGAGGCCAUCGGCAUCAUGAGACGGCUGCUGAGGAGAAACCCGGAGAGACGUCUGGGUUCUGGAGAAAAAGAUGCGGAAGACGUGAAGAAGCAGCCGUUCUUCAGGGCCACGGACUGGGAGGCCCUGCUCCAGAGGAAGGUCCCGCCGCCGUUCGUCCCCACCAUCGGCGGCAGGGAGGACGUCAGCAACUUCGACACGGAGUUCACGGCCGAGGCGCCGACCCUCACGCCGCCCCGUGAGCGCCGCACGCUCUCCCGCAAGGAGCAGGACCACUUCAAGGACUUCGACUACGUGUCUGACCUCUGCUAGAGCGGCGGGGCUGGAAGCCGCCCGCCGCCGGACCGAGACCCGGACCGGAGGCGCCGCCACGGCGCCAGGGACCAGCCGGGAUCGCGUGUCACGAACAUAUGCGGCGCCACACAUCUGCUGACCCAUAAACGAUCUGGAGUGGCUUUUCGGGAGGAAGGGGAGGCGGAUCUGUGGCGAUCACCAGAGAUAAUCCAGAUUACGGAGGAUGGAGGAUGAGAGACGGAUGCAGCUGUUUGAAAAGCUCCACCAGCCUCCAGCCACUCCGACGGGACGCCGUGUGUCCCCCCCCCCCUGCUGUCCCUUUACUCUGCCGUCUGUUGCCGCUCAGUGUCCCACUGUGUUCAGUGUCCUCAGCCUCCAUCAUGCACCGCCCGCCUGUGACCACCGGGUGGAGCCAGAGGGGAAGAGAACGCCUCCAGUUUGAGUCUCUGCUGAAUCACAGGACGCCUCUUCCUUCGUCUCCUUUCUCCAAACGCAACACACAUUUUUUAACUUCAAUCAUUUUACUUAUUUUUGUGAUUUCCACUUUGUUUGUUGUUGUUUUGUUUUGGUUUUUUCCUGCCGUCUGUGUUUGCUCCUCCGUCAUAUGCUGGUGAAAUGUGUUGGAACUGUGACUCAGUAAAGAUGUGAACCAAA